UUUUAAUUCAGCCUACAUUAUACCACUGUCAAUUUGCUAAACAUGUCUACCCAACCUGAUUUUAUUAAUAAUUCAAAAUGUGCGUACUGUAACGAAAAAUUAUCAGAUGCCAAUAAAUACAGAAGCCAUGUAUAUUAUAAACAUCCAGAAAAUUUGGAUUUAAUUGAUGUUGAAAGAAUAACUAAAAAAAAUAAAAAAUAGACCCGCUAACAAUAAAAAGAUUAAUACUAACGCCAUGUGCAAAUGCCGCAAAAUGCUACCAUUAGCAAAACCGUUGAAUUUUUGCAAAGCAACUUGUCCGUUUUGGAGUAAAUCUUUUGUUAAUUUUUAAAAUGCAUCCACGUAUGUAGUGUUGCACAUACUGAAGAUAUGGAAGCUGGAUUCUGGGGUCGAGAAUCGCAAAACAGGUUUCCACCUGCGUGCCGAUUGAUAGGACGCUAAUUGGAUCAUGCAGGCGUAAAUUAGGG